UGACACUCUGCGGCUGACCACGGAAGCGAGGGGGGGCCUAUAAAAAGUAAGUCGGUCGAGCAUUUAUUGACUGCUGUGUCCGGAGGCCUAGCCAUUUUCGGUAGCUCAUACAGUCGCAGGACGCCUCUAUGGUCCAUCACGUCGACGCGGUUUCUACUGCGGCCUCAGUUUCACCCCAUAUCUCGCCUGCUGCUGCACUGCUUCCUCGUGGUUUUGUACAGGCGAAACUAUCAAAUCUCCAUCGCGCGGGUUGUUCGAUUUCGUCUCCAGACUACCGAUCGAGUUCACCAUCUCUAACAAGAAACGAGCAAGGGCCGUGCCCACACCAUUCUGCUCUGCUUUGUCAUGGCGCUCCAGGUCGUUGCUCGACCUCACUCCCUCGAUGUACCUACCACUUCAGAUUUUCAACAUAGGUUUCAUAUGAAGACCUCCGGAUUUAGCUACAAGGAGAAAUUCGACCAAAUUAUAAAAUGUUCGCUUUUUUGGGGGAGCUUGUCAUGUAUGCAAAAUGAUUACAUUACAAAGGAGAAUAUUGACAAUAUCAUAAUGUCACUUCCUUUGAAAUAUCAUGUAAUCCAAGUAACACCCAUGUCGGACAUGAGUAUAGAACAAGGUUGGUUGUUGUACGAUGUGAACGUAUGGGUGCACAAGUCAAAAGUCCACUGUAAACCAUGAACGCCACAUUUUUGUAUGAAGUUUGGCAUAAACUUGAGACCAAAAUUUAC